AGGCAAAAGCCGGCUCAUUACUACUGCACCGCUCUCGAUAUAUUUAUCUCCUUUGUAAUUUUUACUUUUUAAUUUUUCAGUUUAGUAAUAAUUACUGCUAAUUUUUAUAUUUUUCUCUCUCUACAGUGUUCAGCUUGUAUUGUUUGUGUUUGUAGGAUUCCCACCUAUUUCCCCAAACACGCACUAAAGAGAGAAGGAAAGUGAAGCUUAGAGAGAAAAAGGGAACCAGAAACAAAGACCUAAAGGGGAAAUUUCUAGAGAGAGAAACACCCAACCUCCGACGGAAAUGCCCUUUCCUAAUCCGUCUCCGGCUUUUCCAUUGCUACCGCCCAAAACAUAGGAGCUCAGCAAAUGCAGCAGUGAAGUUAUAGAAACAGCACAGAGAGAGAGACAGAGAGAAGAAGAAGAAAUCAGAAGGGGGUAUUUUAUGAGCCAAAAAUGCGUGGGGGACUUCUUGUUGAUGAGCGGAGUGACGUCGUUUCCAGUGCUAAGAAGAAGAAAUCAGGAGAGGGAGAUAAGGUUCUAGUUCUAGUGGCAGACAAGGAUAACUCAAAAUCGCUUCCACUGAUAGUUUCUGUCCCGCAACAACCUAUUGUCGUUAACCGUGCUCGAUCCCAGUCCGCCACUCGCAGGGUAACGCCCACCAACACCAUCACCGCCGCAGAAGUUGAUACCGGCAACACCGGCUCCUCCACUGCUGCGGAGAAGCUUCUCCCCAACGGUGACCUUUACAUGGGGUCAUUCUCGGGAAACGCGCCGCACGGAUCGGGGAAGUACCUCUGGACUGACGGGUGUAUGUACGAGGGGGAGUGGCGUCGGGGAAAAGCAUCGGGUAAGGGGAAGUUUUCUUGGCCGUCAGGUGCGACCUUUGAAGGAGAAUUCAAGUCGGGUCGGAUGGAAGGGUUCGGCACAUUUAUCGGAUCAGACGGGGACACCUACCGUGGCUCCUGGAGCGCCGAUCGUAAACAUGGGCCUGGCCAGAAACGGUACGCGAAUGGGGAUUUCUACGAGGGAAUGUGGAAGAAGAAUCUCCAAGAUGGGAAAGGAAGAUACGUGUGGAAAAAUGGGAAUGUGUAUGAUGGUGAAUGGAAAAACGGUGUCAUUUCAGGGAGAGGGGUUUUGAUGUGGGCAAAUGGGAAUCGCUACGAUGGGCAAUGGGAAAAUGGAGUACCAAAGGGAAAUGGGAUUUUUACAUGGCCAAAUGGGAGUUGUUAUGUCGGUACCUGGAACAGUAAUAAAGAUAUAAUCGCUCAGGAAUUGAAUGGGGCUUUCUAUUCUGGGAAUAGCAAGGAACAUUGCUUGAAGGGGAGCGAGAACGAUUUGGCCUUGCCGGCAACGGCGACGAGGAAGAGGUCGUCGGUGGAUGGGGCCAGAGGUAGUAACAUGAAUUUUCCGAGGAUUUGUAUAUGGGAGAGUGAUGGUGAGGCUGGGGAUAUUACUUGUGAUAUUAUUGAUACUGUCGAGGCUUCUAUGAUUUAUAGGGAGGGGUUGGAUCGGGAUGGGAUUAGGCAAUUUCGAAGAGGGUCGUGUUGUUUUAAUGGUGGAGAGGUGAAGAAGCCCGGAGAGACGAUUUCUAAGGGGCAUAAGAACUACGAUUUGAUGCUUAAUCUGCAAUUGGGUAUCCGGUAUUCUGUUGGGAAGCACGCCCAGAUUCGGAGGGACCUGAAGCCCAGUGAUUUUGAUCCUAAGGAGAAGUUCUGGACUAGGUUUCCACCAGAAGGAUCAAAGAUUACACCUCCACAUCAAUCCGUGGAGUUUCGGUGGAAGGACUAUUGUCCUAUGGUCUUUAGACAUUUGAGGGAGCUUUUCCAAGUUGAUACUGCUGAUUAUAUGCUAGCCAUAUGUGGUAAUGAUGCCCUCAGAGAACUGUCGUCUCCGGGGAAGAGUGGAAGCUUCUUUUACCUUACUCAGGAUGAUAGAUUUAUGAUCAAGACAGUAAAGAAAUCAGAAGUCAAGGUGCUAAUUAGGAUGCUUCCCAGUUAUUACCAGCAUGUUUGUCGGUAUGAAAAUUCACUGGUGACAAAAUUCUUUGGUGUGCAUUGUGUUAAACCAAUUGGCGGGCAAAAGACCCGUUUCAUUGUGAUGGGCAAUUUGUUCUGCUCUGAGUAUAGAAUACAUAGGAGAUUUGACCUAAAAGGAUCCUCCCAUGGCCGAACAACAGAUAAGCCUGAGGGUGAGAUUGAUGAAACCACGACUCUUAAAGACCUGGAUCUCAAUUUUGUGUUUCGUCUUCAACGAAAUUGGUACCAGGAGCUUAUCAAGCAAAUUAAUAGAGAUUGUGAAUUUUUGGAAGCUGAGAAAAUUAUGGAUUACAGUCUUUUGGUUGGCCUUCACUUCCGUGAUGAUAAUACUUACGACAAAAUGGGGUUGUCGCCAUUUGUUUUGCGCUCUGGUAAUAAAGAUUCUUAUCGAAAUGAGAAGUUCAUGCGUGGCUGCCGCUUCCUUGAGGCGGAGCUACAGGACAGAGAUAGGAUUUUAUCUGGCCGGAAAUCUCUGAUAAGAUUGGGAGCAAACAUGCCAGCAAGAGCAGAACGGAUGGCUCGGAGGAGUGAUUUUGAUCAGUACACCCCUGGUGGGAUUAGCUAUUUGACCCCUUCUAGAAGUGGUGAGGUAUAUGAAGUAGUCCUUUAUUUUGGGAUCAUCGAUAUCUUACAAGACUAUGAUAUUAGCAAGAAGUUAGAGCAUGCCUACAAAUCUUUACAAGCUGAUCCAUCCUCAAUUUCGGCAGUGGAUCCAAAACUCUACUCAAAGAGAUUCAGGGAUUUCAUUGGGAGAAUAUUUAUAGAAGACAGGUAGCAACAGGAAUGAAGUUGCAAGUAGAACCUUGUCUUUUACAAGAAAAGAAAGUGAAUUUGCUUGAAUCUGAAUGCACCCUUUUUAAGGGCAGAAGUUAUGGAACUGCACUGUUCUUGGUAAUAGAUUGAGCGAAUAAUUUGAUCAAGCCACUGCAGAUGUGGUGGGAGAGCUCGCAGCGGGUUUUUGAUGAUGGUGUACCUGGCUGAAUUUUGAAGACCAGCCGCAGUGAUGAAGGGGAAAGUACUUGCACAUUUUGGGGUAGGGGGAGGAUGGAAACUUGGAUUCUAAUUUCCGUCUUUCUUAAAAAUAUUUAGGGAAAUAUUUUUUUGUGGUAACCAAGGGUUAUGAAUUGUGAAGAUUUGAAAGAUGGGUAUAGGGAACAGGGAAAAUGUUUCCCAGAGAGAAGAUUCAAAAUCGGAGGAGACUUGGAAUAAGAAAGUGUACAGCUUAAUACACAAAAAGAGAUGGAUGGUUUAUAAAAUUUCGUGAUUUUUUUUUUGAGACUUUCGAAAAGAAAAAAAUGUUUGAAUCACCCCAUGGGAUUUCUCUCUAUCUCUUUCUCUUCCUGUCCUUUUAACAGUCGUAUAUAAAUGGACAGCUCAGUUGUAUAGAAAUGGGGUCAUUGCAUUGCUUUUUACAGUGAAAGGGAGGCACUGGGCAGAAGAGUUAAAACAUGAAAAGCAGAGAAAGCAUGAGAAAGAUGCGCUGAUGUUUCUUGUUCUUGCUUUGCUUUGUUUACCAUCUCUCUAUUUCUUUAUUGAUCUUUGUAUUUUUACUUGUUUUUGGAAAGGAAUAUUCGUAUGAGAAAUUAUCCCGUUUCUACUGUUA